AUGAGGGAACUAGGAACGGUGGCUCGUUCCUGGCUCCUGGCUCCUGGCUCCUGGCUCCUGGCUCCUGGCUCCUGGCUCCCGGCUCCUGGCUCCCGGCUCCUGGCUCCCCGGUGUACCGCCACCACCAACUCUGCAUCGCUCGUGAGACGGUACCGGUACUAUUACCGUUCAGGUGCUCUACGGACUGAUAUGCCGUCCGGCUCUGGCCUCGGGGGAGCCUGA